UCUUCGCAAGUACGCCAUUCAAACAAUUUUUUAAUAAUGUCUGCGAGGCCGUCCACGUACAUCCAAAAAACCGAUAAGCAACGCGAAAUUUUGCAAAGGUAUUACGAUGAGAAGGGUAUGACUAGCAAAGGGGCGAAAUGCAAAGAACUAAUAGAAGAAGCCGCAAAGGAAAGCUGUCUGACUGUCGAACAAGUCAAGAAUUGGAUUUGUAGUGAAAGUAGAAAGAGAAGGUCAUCCCAAGCAGAUGUUGUGGCUACAAGUAGUAGUUCAACUGAAAAGAAGGCAAAGAUGACCUAUGUGAGAGGUCCAACAGCCUAUAACAAUUUUUAUACAGAUUUAUCUAAAAGCGAUCAAUUUAAAGACCUGUCAAUGCAAGAGAGAAAUUCCUAUGCAGCACAACAGUGGAAUAAGCUCUCGGAUGAAGAAAAGUUAAAAUUCAAGGAAAGGGUAGAGCAAAAGAAUUUGACAGAGGAGGAAAGAGAGAAAGUUGUGAAGCGGUACAAUCAGCAACUGAGGAACAUGGUUAAUAUCCUUGAGGAACAUGGGUCUUCAGUUUUGGUGAUGACUGUGACCCCCAGUGGCCAAUUGUAUUGCUUUGGCUCACAAGAAGGCCAGGAAUUUAUGGCAUCCAAUCCAGAUGUGCUGUAUAAAUUCAAAAGUCAAUUUUCAGAAAUGAAUCCCAUUGUCACCUACAAGGAUAUAACAAAACUGUAUAACCAAAAAUACAGUGAAAUGGUUGGUCGACCAUCAAGGGUACCAUACCUAAAGGGAGGUUUUGAAGUCAAAGGCCUCCCUGAUGGCAUUGCUUUCAAGAAGCCAUUUAUGUAUGGUAGCAAGCAAAUAAAGAGGAUAAUAGCUGCAAAAGUGAAAUAUCAUUUCAUCCUGCUCCAACCACUCCAUCAGGUCCAGCAGAUACUCAAUCAAGUCCAGCAGACACUCAACCAGUUCCACCAGACAGUCCAACAGCAGACACUAUUGCAAAACCUGUACCUGCUGAUAUGGAUCAAGCUUUGCAAGAAGCUUUGAAGGCUAUAGCAGGUGAAKUGGUUGCAGGGAGGGUCCUUCAAGGAGGAGACCCUAUUUCU